UCACUCAGCCUAUAAAUACCCCUCUAAACUGCUUCAAUUCCUCAUCACCUCCAUUUAUAAUUUGAUCAGUUCCUUCCAAAAGCUUUAAUUUGUAGCAAUUUCUCCUUGGCAAAAUGAGUCCCUUAGCAAUUUUUUCACUUUUCUUCCUCUUCAUAUUCAACUCAUCAUUAGCAGCAAAUACCAAUAAUAUGUACAAUGUCCAAAAUUAUGGAGCAAAAUCCAAUGGAAAAACUGAUUCAUCAAAAGCCUUUUUGAGUGCAUGGGCAGUAGCCUGUGCUUCUACUACCCCCUCCACUAUUUAUGUGCCACGUGGAAAUUACUUGAUUCACAAUGCAUACUUCAAUGGACAAACAUGCAAGAGCAAGGCUAUUACUAUGCGCAUUGAUGGGACUCUCUUAGCUCCCUCGGAUUAUAAUGUGAUUGGCAAUUUCGAAAAUUGGAUAAAGUUUGAAAAAGUCAACAGCGUUUCCAUCUAUGGUGGAACCUUUGAUGGUCAAGGUUCUGGUCUUUGGAAUUGCAAGAAUUCCAACAAGAAUUGCCCUAAGGGGACUACGGCAUUGACUUUUCACAACUCAAACAAUAUUAUAAUGAGUGGAGUAACUGUACAAAAUAGUCAAAUGUUUCAAAUUUUGGUAGACGAAUGUCGUAACGUGAAACUACAAGGAGUGAAGAUAUUUGCUCCAGGAAAUAGUCCCAACACUGACGGAGUUCAUGUAAAAUUAUCAUCAGGAGUUAGUAUUAUGAACUCACAUAUUGGUACUGGAGAUGACUGUAUCUCUAUCGGCCCUGGAAAUUCUAACUUAUGGAUUGAAGGCAUUGCUUGUGGCCCUGGCCAUGGAAUAAGCAUUGGAAGUUUAGGCUGGAAACAGCAAGAGUUAGGAGUCCAAAAUGUGACAGUUAAGAGUGUGACUUUCACUGGAACAACAAAUGGUGUGAGAGUGAAAACUUGGGCAAGGCCUAGCAAUGGCUUUGUUAGAGGUGUUCUCUAUCAACAUAUUGUUAUGGUUAAUGUUAAAAACCCAAUAAUAAUUGAUCAAAAUUAUUGCCCUAAUCAUGAAAGUUGUCCUCAUCAGGGGUCAGGUAUAAAAAUAAGUGAUGUGACAUAUGAAGACAUACGUGGAACAUCGGCUACAGAAGUUGCAGUGAAACUUGACUGUAGCAAAACUAAUCCAUGUAGCGGCAUAACACUUGAAGAUGUGAAUCUUAGUUACAAAAAUCAACCGACUCAAGCUUCAUGUGUUAAUGCUAGAGGAAGAGUUUCUGGUUUAGAAAAACCUACCAAUUGCUUAUAAAAAAAAGAUUAGAUAAUAAUU